UCAUGUUCAUCUGAAAGACGGGUUCUCUGCUCAACUCCUGCAUUCAGACAACCUGCUGCUCUUCUGUAAGUACUGCAGGUAGCGACCAUUCAACUUAUGAAGUAGGUGGGAUCAAGGGAGACGUGUCUCUGCUGGUUCAUUAAAUCAUCAGGACUUAUGAAUGACGACAUAUCACAAUCAGCUGGGACAGAGAGACAUAGAACACGUACUUACAUUAGAAGGGUCCUGUCCUGGUGUAACAGUCUGGGCAUAAUGGUGGCUUUUAAAGGAAUCUGGACCAAGGACUUCUGGAGGGCUGUGUCCGCAGAAUACCUGGCUACUCUAUUUUUCACCCUCCUUGGUUUGGGUUCCACUAUCAACUGGUCUGCAGGGCAAGAAAAGCCCCCCCCAGCUGACCUGGUGCUCAUCUCGCUGUGCUUUGGCCUCAGCAUUGCCACUAUGGUGCAGUGCUUUGGCCACAUCAGUGGCGGCCACAUCAACCCCGCCGUCACUGCAGCAAUGGUGGUUACAAGAAAGCUGAGCCUGGCUAAAGCUGUGUUCUAUGUGGUGGCUCAGUGCCUGGGAGCUAUUACCGGAGCUGGGAUUCUCUACUUAGUCACACCUGCUGCUGUUAGAGGAUCCUUCGGAGUCACCGCGGUGAACUCCAAUAUCUCAGUUGGACAUGCCCUCGUUGUUGAGCUCCUCAUCACAUUUGAACUGGUCUUCACUGUCUUUGCCACCUGCGAUCCCAAACGCACAGACCUCGGAGGCUCUGCAAGCCUUGCUAUUGGUUUGGCUGUGACUAUAGGUCACCUAUUUGCUAUUCCUUAUACUGGAGCCAGCAUGAACCCUGCUCGCUCGUUUGGGCCUGCAGUGGUCACACUCAAUUUUCAGAACCAUUGGGCGUACUGGCUGGGUCCCAUUUUGGGAGGUAUCUUGGCAGCGGGUUUGUAUGAGUACCUGUACUGUCCUGACCCUGUGAUAAAGAAGAGGCUGAAGCAAGUGUUUCAGAAGGACCCAUCAGGAAAAUACAAGGAGGUGGAAACUGACGACCUGGCCAUCAAGCCAGGCUCCAUCCAUAACAUCGAUCUAGAAAAAGCAGAAAAGAAAGAUUCUCCCAGGGACUCAACGGGAGAAGUGUUGUCUUCGGUAUGACUAUCACGUGCACUGGAAAUGGAGACCAAUUUGUAAAAAAAGAAUGACAAUCAAACUUUGGAAUAUCCAUUGAGUCUCUCACCCUCCAAAGGAAUUGCCCACAAAUCAGAAAAUUCUGUCAAUGAUACAAGGGAGCUGUGUAAUUUUCAGUGCCAACACAAUAUGAUAUUACGGCUCAAUCCCACAAACAUCUGCAGCCUGUUCGAUUCACCUUCUGGAAAUCCCUCUGAGUGAUUUUACAGCAGUGUUGUCGUGCAGUGCACUUUGCACACUGCAGAAUGACAGUUUACAAUACAUUGUGUUAAGGACAUGAAGCCGGGUCAACCAAUUAUGAGGGGUCAUCAAGCUGAAUUGGAAAAGUGAAGAAGAAAAUGCAGCCUUGUUAUUUUUGGAUUAGUGUCACAUUCAGUCUGUCUUCUGCAUAUGUUACAAAGGGAGAAAUUGUACGUGUGAUCAUUAAUCUCAUUAUGGAUCCUCAGCAAUGUAAGACAGCUCUGACAAGUUCUAUUAACAAAUUUGCUUCACAGGGCUCUCUAUUUUCAGUGCAUUAAUCGGGAAAACAAUUAUUAUAUUGGAUGAUUACGGUUUUUGUGAAAAACCACCUCCACUAUUAUUGUUAUACAGAGAAUUUGUUUUGGUUUGAUAAACAUUGUCUAUGUAGUUUUUCGUUUUUUACUGUAGAUCUUAUUUUUUAUAACCUUUUCUCUGUGCUAUCUGCUGUAAACCAUGCUUAAAUGAUUAAUUUAUUAAUAGCUUAAUCUGAUUGAUUUUAUGUUGUAUUUUCAGACUGUUGUAUCUUCAGACUUAAAGUUUGACAAGAUGUGAAAGAUAUUAGUUUGUUAUCGUAAUAAAAGAGUCUUAUCUGAUCAUUUCUGCAUAAGGAUUUAGAAUAGUGAUGUAUUUUGUAAUCUCACUUAAAUUAUGUAUCCCAAUUUCCUUAGAAAUGUCUAAUUAGAGAGCUCCCUGCAUAUCGGAACAUAUCUCCACAUAGUCUUAUUCCUGAACAGGAAGUCUUCUAUUUAUACUUCUAUUUUAUACUUCUGUCUUCACAUUUGUCAAAUGUUCUCUGCAGUUUGGAGCAUGCUGCAUGUCGUCAACAUUGCACAACUAUAUAUUCUACCAUUUCCAAGGCUAGACAUAAUGUAAAAUUCAGAAACUUGAUUAAAAAAGUUCAACCAACUUACUCAUAAUACAGUAGUCUCAUCCUCAGAGGAGUUUUAUUUACGUGGCUAUAGCCUCACCUAAAGGCCAAAUUGUGUAUCGCCUAACUUUCAAAAGGGAUCUAUUUGCUUUUGUCCAGACGAGGGCGGCCACGAGCCUUGAAUGGGCAGGCUUCACUGCAGGCCUUGGUAGACAUAUGUCAGUUUUAUUCAUAAGGCUUUGCUGCAUUUAAUUUGAAAUAUGUGCAAACCAUUAAAUCAGAGCUACACAGCAGGUAUUGCUUUGCCUUAUAACAAAGACCCAGAAGUCAAGUAUGAGCGGAGUUAAUGGUGAAGUGCUUUCUGGACCAAUCUGUAUUCUAAGCACUUUUUCACUUUCGUGAAAGUAGUUUUAAAAAUUGCUUGAAUAUUUUCACUCACCCUACCUUAAUUAAAUUGUGUCAAUGCUUUUCUUUGCAUGAGAUUGUCCUGUUUGAGUGCUGCUGCAGCACCAUCUUACCUGCUUCCAUGUUACCUUACAGCUUCAGUGGCUUGAUGCCAGCAUCCUCUCAGCUCCUCUUAAUCAUCUUUAUAGCCCAGAUAAAUUAGCGCAUAAAUCUUAGGUUUCUUGCACCAAUGAUAUCUUCCUUGGACAUACAAUCGAGACUGAGACUCAGAUUAGAUUUAUCGUUUCCUGCUCCUCUGGAGAUUACUGGUAGAUGACCAUGUGAGGGUAGCAGACCCUGUUGCAUUAGAAACGUGGUUUCCCAAUAAUAUAUAAUUUUGUAUUUACUCCAAAUAACAUAUAUAUUAGCAUGAAAGCAAGACCUUUGGGAAAUUUAAUAGUUUUCGCAAUAUCAUACAGUGUCCACCAAAUCAUGAGAUUACAUAAAAAUGCAUUAAUUGCCUUGAUAAACUUCCAAAAGGUUGUUGCAGAAAACCUAUCACGGAAAGGCGACUAAGAAGCAGCAACAAAUAAAC